AUGCCGGCGGUAGUAGUUUCGUGCCGAUGGCGGCUCUGGCCCAGUCGAGGUCGUCCGGAUAUCCAGUGGAGAAACAGAGGGCGUCGGGUUCCGCCGCCGCCAUCGCUGUCGCUCGACCUCUGCCGCAGGACUCAGAGUGAGUAUGCCUGGUAUAUGAGACUGAAGCAGCAGCAGCAGCAGCAGCAACAGGCUUUGAUGCAGCAAGCUAUUCUCCAGCAGCAGUCGCUUUACCACCCUGGUCUCUUAGCUGCCCCGCAGAUUGAGCCCUUCCCAAGUGGGAAUCUGCCUCCUGGGUUUGAUCCAAGUACAUGCCGCAGUGUAUAUGUGGGAAAUAUUCACAUACAGGUGACGGAACCACUGCUUCAAGAAGUUUUUAACAGUACUGGUCCUGUGGAGGCCUGCAAGCUUAUUAGGAAAGAGAAGUCGUCCUAUGGAUUUGUUCAUUACUUUGACCGAAGAUCAGCUGGACUUGCAAUAUUGUCCCUCAAUGGAAGGCAUCUGUUUGGGCAACCAAUUAAAGUUAACUGGGCAUAUGCCAGUGGUCAGAAAGAGGACACAUCAGGCCACUUCAACAUCUUUGUUGGGGAUCUCAGCCCAGAGGUUAAUGAUGCCAUGUUGUUUGCUUGCUUCUCAGUGUAUCCUAGUUGCUCUGAUGCAAAGGUUAUGUGGGAUCAAAAGACUGGACGUUCUAGGGGCUUUGGAUUUGUGUCUUUCAGGAAUCAGGAGGUUUGGAAAUGGCUUGGCAGCAGGCAGAUUCGGUGCAACUGGGCCACCAAAGGUGCUGGAACCAGUGAUGAAAAGGCAAAUUCAGAUUCUAAAAGUGUUGUAGAACUUACAAAUGGCUCCUCAGAUGAUGUUAAAGAGGCAGCUAGUAGUGAUGCUCCUGAGAAUAACCCUCAAUACACCACCAUGUAUGUUGGGAAUCUUGCUCCAGAGGUGACCCAAGCUGACCUUCAUCGCCAUUUCCAUGCGUUUGGUGCUGGAUCAAUUGAGGAAGUUAGAGUCCAACGAGACAAAGGGUUUGGUUUCGUUAGGUACAGCACUCAUGCAGAAGCUGCUAUGGCUAUUUCAAUGGGAAAUACUCAGUCGUACAUGUACGGCAAACAAAUCAAGUGUUCGUGGGGAAACAAGCCGACUCCACCCGGGACGGCCUCCAACCCUCUUCCGCCACCGGCUCCGGCGACCCUGCCAGGGCUUUCUGCAGCCGAUCUUUUGGCUUACGAGCGGCAGCUUGCACGUUUAGGUCCUCAACAGCUCAUGUAUUAUUAG